AUGAGUGAUGGUGGAUACCUAGUACGACUGCAUAGUUUGCAGCGGAAAACGAAUAUGAUUAAUAAAGCUCUUCAAAGUAUGGCCUCUGAAAUAUCUAUUUUAAAAUAUGAAUCUUAUCAGGAUUACUAUAGGAAACAUGAAAAAUAUUAUGAAUGGCAAGACUCCUCUAGUCAAAUGGAUCCAUUCACACCACCAAACAAAAGAAGGAGGCAGACUGUUACACAACAUCAUAUAACGGAAUCUGCUUCACAGAAAAGGCUUUCUGAAAGACGUUCGACUAGAAUAGCAAAUAACCCAAGAAUUAACUUAAACGAGAAUAUCGAAGGUGCACCUGUUCACGAGGAUGUUGGAUUGGCUAUCACUGAACUAACAGGUAGUCUAGUUCCUCCUAUACAACGCCCUAUUCGAAAUUCAGAUUGGACUUUAACAACUAUCGAAGACAAAUACAGACCAGAUAUUCUACCAGAUGCUGAAGAAUUCGGUUUUAUACCGACUCCAUUAAAAACUUUACUCAAUACCAAGCAGAUGAAACAAAUUUUGCGAAGUUUCGAUGAAUAA